AUGAAUGUUCGAUCAGGUGAACAAGAUGAUUUUCUUGCUGAAGGUCAAUUAGCAAUAGAUGAUAUUGCUGAUGGAAUUGUUGCUAAUAAAGACAUAUCAAAAUGUCUUAAUAAUCCAAUUGAUAUAUCAAUAGCUUAUAUGAAUAUAAAAUCAAAAUCAAAUAAAGAAUAUUGUAUUGAAUUAUCACAAAAAGGUUAUCAAAUUGUUGGUUAUCAUUUUGAUUAUAAUAGUCAACUAUCGUUUAUUUAUUAUGAAUCUUUACAAGAAAAACUUUUUCAAACACAAUAUCAAUUAGAACAAUCACAAGAUAGUGAUGAUGAUGAUCAAAAUUCAGAUUCUGAUAAAAGAUAUUAA